AGACGCGUGCAGUUCGAUCUAGAGUCUCACACGCUUCGCACAGUUCUCACACACACUUUGUAUCACACUUGUGACUCGUUUCUAAACUUUUGUGCUUCUCUUUCGUUCUCCAGACUCUACCAAUUCACACUGGUUCGCGAUGACGCUGUUACCGCCGACAAUCGAGCAACAGAAACGCAUCGACGAGGAAGUUCCCUCUGACCCGGAAAUGAGGAAACGCGACGUCGCUGCUAUACGCGACUGGCUAUCCAAACAGCCUCAUCUCCCUAAUCACAUGGAUGACGCGAGACUGGAGAAGUUCCUGUUCGGGUGCAAGAACAGCAUCGAGAGAUGUAAAUUAAUUUUGGAACGAUAUUUCAGCGUUCGUACAGCCGUGCCAGAAUUUUUCUCUAUGCGAGACCCAUUUUUACGGGACAUCCAACAGUGUUGCGAGGCGAUUCAGUAUUUUGUUCUACCAUCUUUGACGGAAGAUGGACACAGAGUGACCGUCUUACGCUUACGAAGCCUCUCGAUAGAUGAAUUUUCCAUUCAAACGAUUUCUAAACGAAUCCUCAUGGUCCUGGACGCCCGUUUAAUGGAGGAACGUUGCCUAUCGAACAUUAUGGUCAUCGAUCUCGAGGGAUUCAGCGUGAUGCAUUUCACAAGAUGCAGCCCAACGCACACCAUCGUUCGAAAAUCGAUGAUGGCGGUGCAAGACAGCAUGCCGUUACGACUCCACAGAGUUCACUUCCUGCACGCGCCAGCAUUCAUUGAGAGCAUCCUCAACAUAUUCUACCCCCUUCUCAAGGCCAAACUCGUGCAAAAAUUUCGCGUGCAUACUGGUGGCGGAGAGGAAUUGCAUCCCUACAUGGACAAGGAUAUAUUGCCAAAGGAAUGGGGAGGUCUAGCAGGCACCUUCGACGAGUUAAAUGACGCAUGGAGGAAGAAGAUCGAAAAGAACAGAGACUGGUAUCUACGGGAAGAAAAAGUCAGCCGUACGAACGAAAGCGCCAGACAGCCAGAAUCUAAAUCCAGGCUUCUGAAGGAGCUGGACGGGUUGCAGGGUUCGUUCAGAAAACUGAACAUCGACUAGUAAAAAUAAUGUCUUUCGAUCGGAAAAAUAAUUUUUUCUACCACGAAUUCUAUUUUAUUUUUUUUAUCAAAUAUAUAUUAUAAGUUACCGUCUCGAUGUAAUCCGUUUUAUUUGAAUCAAUGCUCCGUGAAAUGGCUCCUGUGAUAAUAGUUGCGACGUUCUCCGAACGAUGGCGCCACGGAUAGUUUCCACCCGGCGGGCAACUUGCAUCAAUUUCAAAUCGAAAUCGCAUCGAU